UGGAAACACAACAAACAAACAAACAACAACAACAAAAACCAACGAUGAUGACAACCAAGACAACGCAAGAGCAUCACAACGACGGCGAUGACAGCAAAGGGUUGGAACGGCAGCUGUACUCAGACAGCGAGGAUGGGAUCAUCUUGCUGCCAAAUCAGACGCAAUGGAUGGCCAAGGAGCCAUUUGGAUUUGAGGCAGCCAUCGACGACACCCUGGGCUUCAUCUACUACCUCGACCAUCUUCGAUGUGAGACACAUGCGCAUCUAGCAGCCCGACACACGCGCCCGUCCUGGCGACACCAGCGAGGAUCGAUGCACCCCAGAACAUCAGACGAUCCCAUCCGCCGCACAUCGUCUUUCACCACCCAGCAGGUCUACGAGGUCGAGCUCAGUGCAAGCGAAGGCUCGUCGCUGCUCGAAAAGUUUGGCUUCGACACCACCGGUGACAAACAGUGCUUUGUCAGCAACAUUGUCGCAGACAGUCCGCUUGCGCGAUCCAGCGUGCCGCUUGGCAGCGAGCUUGUGCAGAUCAACAACACGGAUGUAUCACACUUUUCCAGCGCCGAUAUCCGCACAAUGCUGCUGCAAUGCAGGGGAGCAACGAGCCUUUCGCUCGUCAGCCGAUCCCGAACGCGAAGACGAACAUUUGACAAGUCAUCAAGUCUCCGUAUUUUUCUCGCUGACGGCCGCUACAAGACGCUCUUCUUCUGGCCAAACUCAACCGUUCGCGACAUCAUCGAAGAGUUGUGUGAGAAGCUCGACAUUGCCUGCCAGAACUGUUUCGAGCUCAUGCUGCAGGAAAAAUCUGGGGACCGCGUGGUUCUUCCCCGCUGCUUUUCCAUCCAGCACCUCGCUGAUCUCCUUGCCGAGCACGACUCGCUGCAGUGCGCAUUUCGUUUCAGAUACAUCCCGAAGACACCGGACCGCCUGAUGCGGCACGAUGUGAAGGCGUUUGUUCUUCUCUUUGAGCAGUGCAGCCGCGAUGUUGUAUCUGCGCACCUCCCAUUCAUCGCCAACGACACCCUCCUCAGAUUGGGUGCGCUCAGCAUCUUCCUCUGGUCCUUCUUGCAAGGAAAGCACAAGGUGGACUUGCAAGCCAUCGGGAAAAGCAUUGGCUUUGAACAGUUUAUACCUGCACACGUCGUUGCGAACACCCGCGGUCGUGAUCUCCGCAAAGUCCUGCGCACAAACAUGAAGAACGUUGAGGUCGUGCUCCAGCAGUCGAAAGUGACGGAGCAGCAAGUGCCCAACACACUGCGGAUGUUUUAUCUCAAACUCGUCUGCAACGAGCAGUCUGUGGUGACUCACUACCACGACGCGUUUAUGAUGGGCAGCAGUGGGAAAGUUGCCAUCAGCUUCGAAGACGGUCUCACGUUCAUGCAGCCGGAAGCAGAGCGUCCGCUUGUGCUGGGAAAGUUGGCGGACGUGCGAUCGCUGACACUCGCGCGAAACAGCUCGUCCCCCGUGUAUGCCGAGCGAGAGAGCAGCCGGGGAAAUGUGUUCCGAAGCGACACAUCCGCACACCCGCCACUCAUGCUCGCUGACCUCCACCGCUUUCGCUGCAAACACAUCGGGAUGCGCAGCAGCAGUCAGAGCGGGGUGACGAGCACGGAAUACGCGCUGACGAUUCGAUUGGAUGCGGACCCGCGAGAUGUGACGUUCCAGGUCAUCUCCUCCGUCUCCACCAUCUGUGCGCUUGUGCAGAGUAUACUCGGUUUCUACAACGCGCAUUUUCCGGCGUCAAUGACGCGACUCCUUAAGGACGAAGCGCAUGCGUACGGGCUGCGUCCCUACUUUGCCACGCACACAGUGUUCACGACACCAUGGAACUACGGCGUUGACUUCCUCACGCGCGUGGAAGAGCGGCUCCCCGUUCGUGUGCAGUUCAACCCUGAAUGGUUUGGCGUCCGCCCGCAGCCCUCAAAGCACUUGCACUGCACCACUGCCGCCUACAGCAGCACCAACACCAACAACACCAACAACGGUAGCGGUAGUAGCGGUGGUCGUGUGCCCGCAACUGGUGGUGCAGAACCAACAUCACAUCUGGAAGGAGAAGGAAGGUCAACUGCCUCCACGCAUCGCGAUACACAAUCACACACGAAAACGCGCGUGAAGCCUCGGGUCAUUCGCGUGUCCAGCAGUGCCAGUGCGAGUGACGUUACCACCACCACCACCACCACGAUGGCCACCACGCCAACAACACCAGCCGCUUCGGCAGCGCUUGCCUCGACGGGUAAAGGCAGCAACGCGAGCACGACACGCGCGUGUGCCGUUCGUCACACCCGCUCUGACUCGGCAGUGCAGCGCAUGCGUGACGCACAUGUCACGCGGUUGAGCGAGCACAGCAGUCAUGGUGAAGAGGAUGGUGAUACUGGUGGCGAUGCCAACAGGAGAGAAGAAAGACAUGGUGGUAGCGGCGGUGAUGGUGACAUGGCCCGAACAGCAUCUGGGGAGGUCACAGCACUGAGCGCCGCAAUCAAGCAGGCUGGCGCUGCGUGUGUUCAGCUGGAGAAUGCACUGAACCCGGCGGGGCCACAAAGCGGUGGUGUGGCAUCGUGGACAUAUGCAGACGCAAAGACUGAUCUGUGGCUGAGUCUCCAACAAUUGGCUUCUUCGUCAUGUGCAUAUGUGCAUCACGUCAAACAAGGCAAUUGCCUUCCUGUGCAGUCUGCAACGGAGGUGGUUGCAUCCCUUGAGGCAUUUGCUGAUGCCGCCGCCACCUUCUUCGACAUUUCUCCUGAUACGGCCACAUGCGACCAGUGCGCGAUUGGCGAGGCGUGCGUUGCCGUGAGUCAGGCAACACAGAUGCUGCUGCAAGCAAAUGCGCACAUUCGCCCGCAUGCGUCGUCGUGCGCGACACACCUGCUCGCGUUCAUCUCUGCUGGGCUGCAGCAAAUGCAGCACCUGCACGCCCUGGCCAUGCUCUUGCAUGGGUCACACACAGUCUCUAUUGCAUAGCAUAGUUCCAGCACCACAUUAACAUGACGUAAUGGAACCCCAGUCGUCGUAUGGCACCUGUAUGCCACAUGUAUCAGAAUGGUGUUUGUCAAAGUGUUGCUUGUAACAUCACAUGAUGCCCACCCUGCUCAUUUCGCCGAGGUUGUGACCAGAGCCGAGUAUUGAUGUUGUGUUUUUACCAGCUAGCAUCAAGGCGCUAAUGAUGUGACAUGACGACAACAACAACACACAACGAAAGCACAUCCCCACUCAUCAUCAGUAGCAGCAUCAUGAAUGGAAAGGGAACACGAACCAAACACGUCGUGACAUUCAUGACACAGCACCAACUGAGGAGCAAGAAAACAAAACAUUGAGAAAAGGUUGCGGAGGUGGUGUCAUGUGAGGCGAGAUGUUGGCGGUGAAGAGUGACAGCACAGCACAAUACACCAGAG